AUGACAGUUGGAUUACAUUGUCUUGCGGAUGUUUGUAUGAUCCCAAUCGGGACCAGCAGUGCGUCUGUGUCGAAUGAAGUUACGAUGAUUACUAAAAUGGCCAGGGAAUCUCACCUUAACUGUACGUUGCACAGUGCUGGCACGACGAUUGCUGGUCCUUGGAGUGAGGUGAUGGAGUUAAUUGGGCAGAUGCAUGAAGCUUUGCAUAAGAAUGGGGUUGUUAGAAUCCAGAGUGACAUAAGAGUUGGGUCUAGAGUGGACAAGGAGCAAUCACCCCAGGACAAGAUCGACGUAGUUGAGUCUAAGUUGAAACAGUUGAAUGGGGAAUAA